AGUAUUACGGGUGUAACGUUGUUGUGUUGAAUGUGUUUGUUUCAACAAGAGUAAAGCAAGGGAUGCAAUAUGAAAGAUACUCAGAAGACACAGCGAAUACAUCAGGCCAAGCCGCGAGACCCGAGUAAGUGGAGCGUUCGCUGCUUGCUUCGAUCAAUGUAAAGCUUGGGCUCACUGGCGACAGUCGGGAAGUAGAGUCGGAGCGAGCAGUUGCGUCGCACACCUCGAUCAUGGCGGAGUGUCGGUGUGCUUGUGUAUAGACAGCUGAUAGACAAGAUGUGUAUUACGGUUGACACGGAAAGAUACCAUUUUGCACGAGGAGAAAGUGACAUCGGCAGCACAGUGCACGAGCUCCGCUAGGGGGCAAGUUGUACAUUUCGUACCCAGGGUUCCUAGCGGCUGUAGUGACGGAGUCGGGAAGGGAGUUGGAUUCAGUAUGGCCCUACAUCGGCCAUCUCAACCCGCGAGGCAGGGGGCUAAGAAUGACAACGACAAAGAGGAAGAAGACGCAGAGAAUAACGGAUACAUUCAGAUUUUUGUGAAACCGCUUGAACAAGGCAAUUAUAGUUUCUUCCUCAGUUGGUUAGGUCUGAGCAACACCAAUUUCUCCAGCCAUCAACUCGGCGCCCUCUACGGAGUUGGUGUGUUGUUCUCUAGUGCGGUCUUUUACCAGUUGCUAAGAUGUGACGUCGGGAUGUUAUUCCAGAGAUUGUGUGGUCUCAUUGUUCCUAUGUUCAGUAUAUUAUGUGCAUUUUACUGGCUGUCACUGUACUUUCGUCGAACUUGGAGCACUACGAGUGUGUACCUUCUAUUCAGUUCUUGUUAUGUUGGAGAAACACUAGCACAGGUAUUCUUGCGGGACUGGGGUGCCACCCACCCUUCCGACCUCACCCCCCAGGCUGGUGUAACCAUAAACAGCGUCACCCAGCCAUUAGUUAUAGUGUUCGUCCUGUUGGCCAUCAGCAUAGCGAGUGUGUUUUCAUCACUCGAAACAAUACAUAGUGCUGUUGUUAUUUUACUUGUGAGUUUCACUCGAUUCCUAGCAUGUUCCGCAUUAGCAGAUUUGCCUCAAGGAAUAAGACCCUACGUUGCAUAUACAUGCGGGUUUGCAGGCAUACUGGUAGCCAAAUAUAUGGAAACAGUCUUAAAACCCCCAAUACAAAACUUUAUGACCCAGGACGGGAAAAUCCCAGUUAUCAAACGUCGGCGAUCUAGUUCAUCGAGUGCUCAUGCAUUUUCUGCACAUAGAUCGGCAAGGAGGACAUCGCUUCCAGCUCUCAUUCAGAAAAGCCAGAGUUCCUCAGUAGGUUAUGAGAGUGCCAUCAUAGGAGAGGCGCAUGGUUUGAUCAACGACAUGUUGGCGGACACCAACUUGCCACCCCAUGUGGUGAGCGGCCUGCGCGUGGUCGCCAGCCUCCUGAAGCCGCCAGAGAGUCAUUCGGGGAUCCACAAGCCAAAAGUCAGCCCCCUGGUGUCUCUCACAGAGUCCACAUCAUAUGGCUCCGACAGCGAGGAAAGUCCGUAUACAGGGGAACGGCCAUCAUCAUUGCCAAAGCGUCUGCGUCGCAGUUUGCCUCCCAGUUUGAUCCGGCGAAUGUCAACCAGCACGUGGACGACAACAACAUCAGCAACCGGCAUGCCGACCCUGGAACCAGAACCCUGCCGUAUACGUAGUGCAAGUUUCCGCCACUCACGAGAAGGAACGCCCGGCUCCAGCCCUAAUGGUAGUCGUAGCAACAGCCCCUCACCAAGUUCAAACACAACCGUAGUGCUGACAAUACCAAAGUCUCGGUCCUUUUCUUUGGCCUCAGCUCCAACAUCACAGUCUCACCCUCGUACUCGCUUCAUGCGAAGAAGCAUGGUUAGCACAACGUCAGAUAGCGCCACCAGCCCCACCAAGGUGGACAGUAAAGGAUUAUCUCCCCUUGUAAAGUCUGACGUGCAAGAUGAUGGAGACAGGGGGGAAGGUCAUGCCCUGUCUAAAGAACUUCAGUGCUCUGCGUUUAGCAAGCGGUUUAACAUCACAUCGGACUAUGAGAGCAGUGACUCCCCUAGCAGUAGCGACCACAGUGACAACGUGGGAACCAAUGAAGAGCUUGUGGGAUCACCACCAAAGAAACAGGAGGUGUUGAGGAGUCCGGGAGAGACGAAGACAGAAGAGAGGGUUCCGGAUCCCGAGGGAAGCACAGCUGUAGAAGCACCAGAGGAAGAUAAAUCUCAAGUAGAUGGCAGCACUGAAAAUAAACUUUUAUUUGACCCCUCUGAAGUGGAGGAGGCUCCUCUUUUACAAAUUAGUCGAUUAAAUGAUUGGGAUUUCCCUGUGUUUGAUCUGGCUGACAGUGCGGCAGAGUUUGUUCUUAGUAAGGUUGCAUAUAAAUUAUUUAUGGAAGUGGGUCUAUUUGAAACAUUCCGGAUACCUCUACCUGAGUUUAUAAGUUAUUUCCACGAUCUGGAGCUGGGAUAUAGAAUAAAACCAUAUCACAAUCGUGUUCACGCGACGGACGUGUUGCACGGGGUGUACUAUCUGACGACUCAGCCCAUUCCGGGCUUCACGCAGGUGACAACAGGAGAUAUUCUGUCUCGCCACGGGUCAUCAAGUGAGUCAGAAUCCGACAACUGUGAUCGCACUGGUAUUAUUCAUCGGCAGAGUUUUGCUGCUGAAGACAGUUAUGGCAUAAUGGGUGGAAACUUCCCGGCUCUGGAGCUGAUGGCCAUGUACACUGCCGCCGCCAUGCACGACUAUGAUCACCCCGGACGCACUAACGCUUUCCUUGUAGCCACAAAUGCACCACAGGCUGUACUGUACAAUGACCGCUCUGUGUUAGAGAACCAUCACGCAGCAUCAGCGUGGAGGUUAAUUCUGACAAAACCACAGAACCACUUCCUGUCUGGACUGGAUGCUGCCGAGUUCAAGCGCUUCCGCUUCCUGGUGAUAGAGGCCAUCCUGGCAACCGAUCUCAAACGCCACUUCGAGAUACUCGCAGAGUUCAACACCAAGGUUAAUGACGAGGAUGCAAGUGGCAUUGAUUGGACUCAGGAGACUGACCGGCUGUUGGUGAUGCAGAUGGUCAUCAAGCUGGCCGACAUCAAUGGUCCAGCCAAGAAGAGGGACCUCCACAUGAGGUGGACGAUGAGUAUAGCUGAAGAGUUCUAUGAACAGGGAGAUGAAGAAGCAAAGCUCGGGAUGCCGAUCUCCCCGUACAUGGACAGGACAAACCCCCAACUAGCCAAGCUGCAGGAGACCUUCAUCAACCACUUGGUGGCGCCACUGUGCAACGCCAUGGUGAUGGGGGGACUGCUGCCAGGCACAUGGGUGGAGGAGGAUAGCGAUGGAGAGAGCCUGUCGGACACCGACAAGGGAGAGAGCACCUGUAAAGAUACAGAGGAUGAGACAGAGACCGACCAGGAGUCAGGUGGAGGGUUGGUAGUUCCAGCCAAGAGGAAGAAGACACGUAAAGUCAACUGCAUCUUCACUAAGAACAUGAAGGACAACUAUGACUACUGGAUGAUAAAACUGAGGGAGGAGGAGGCCGAGAGGAUGGCCAAUGAGGUGGACAUCAAUCAGACUUCAAUGCAGCCUGAUAUGCUUAACGAGAAGUCUGAAAUCAAGGAGAUGGAAUCAAUCAAAGAGGAGUCGGAGUCGCCUCCCCCUACUGCCACCCUCCCUCAGACAGGAAAGACGUUCGAUGAAACUAAGCAGAGUUCAGAUAAAACUUGACAGCAUUCAUUCAGCUUCGAGGAAUGCUAACAGUAUCGACUGUCACUUCUUUGAAGGCAAAGGACUGAUGAAUGGCAUCUUGUACUACCUUGGAGCAGUAAUAGACUUGCCACAGACAAUGGAUGGGAUAGUCCAUUAUGAUAGUAUGGGUAUUUGGACUGAACAUGAGGUUCAGUGAACGGGAAUGUAAAAAUGUUGACUUGAAAUACAGGAUUGUCCCAUUUCAGGAAAAAAUGCUGAACACCCCUCUUUACAAUAGUGGACUCCAAGACACAGAAGGGAGAAAGUGUCUGUUGUCAUGGAGACAGAUCAGGCAUGUCUACAGCCUGUGGAAUCCAGGAAUUUUAUCUCUGUACAAUUUGAACCCAAUGUGUAGUCAUGCUUGAUCAUGUGACAGAUCAUGUGAUGGAUCAUGUGACUGAGAUUUCGCCAUUCUUACCUCAAACCAAAUUUGGCAUGUUGGGAUCCCCAUACUGAUGCUGCUCAACUCAUCUGACGACUUUCAAGUGAAAGUAUUUUUGGAAUAAUGCCAACACCCAUUUUUCAACUACCUAACCAUGCCCGUGUAGCUCCUCCCAACGCCACGCUACUCAACCUGCACUGAUGCUGAUUCAGCCCCAUCUUUGCUGCUUGACUAGGAGAAACUGACUGGAAAUCAUUUGAAUUGACUAUAGAGGUGCUAGAUCCCAAGAUUUGGUGUAUCGGAAUAAGUAUGUACACAUUGUCCCUGUAUUUCCGAGGAUGAGAUGACUGUUCUGUGUAUAUAUUGUUUGUAUUUCUUCUAAAGUGUUGUGUACAUAUUCGUCUAACUCCUGUUAAACAAACACUUGGAAUACUCAGCGUUUCCUUGUGCACGUUUUUAUUUAUAUAUGGAAAAAGAUUUAUGAUGAAUUUUUAACAAAUGGUAUAUUUAUUUUGGAUCUGUCAGGCUUGGUGUCUUGUUGUCCUUGCUGGUAUGAAGUCUGUGAGUCAUCAGAACUAGCCUAGCAGAGUUGUUCCCCCUUGUUGAGUUAUUUGCUACUGUGAUAGAUGAGUUACCUCCCCUUGAUCUCAUGCUUCUCAAUCCAUUGUGCCACAAAAUUACCAUCAAUUUCAUCAUAUUGCUUGCAAAUUAGGGAUGUAAAUCAAUAAAAUAGAAGUCAAUUGUUAAUAAAUCAUUAAAAUCUUCUUAACUAUCCUCUCUCAGAUGAUGUGUAGAAUAAAAAAUAAUGACCCAACAGAUUAAGAUCAAAACUAAAACCUAUUCAAGUCGGAGUUCAAAUCCUUGUCCAGUCUGAUCAAGGGGAGGCAACCCAGUCCACCAACUCUGAUCAUAUUCAAGUUUUGACUGUUAAGAUUUCAUAUCCAUGUUGAGAAAUACCAAAUAAAGGUUUAAAACGUAUUGAAUAAUACUUUAUCACAGAGUACACACUUUUAAAACAGGGUAUGACUGAUUUGAUGUUUCAUGUCUUAAAUGUUAUUCAUUAUCAUAACUUUGGAGAAUGGUUAAACAGAACUGUUUUGUUUUGAAAGUUAUUAAAAUGAAGCUAAGUUGUCCAGUAUAUUGGUUUGAAGGGUUUUGUUUAUGUUCUUGCACUCAAGGCUUAUUAUUUAGAAGUUUUUUUCAGAUUUAGAUAUAUUUUCAAAAUGGGAGGCAUUGAUACCAUUUUUUAAGACUUCAGUAUAUUCAGUAUAUUUUCUACAGAAAUUAGGUCCUUAGUCGGUGGUGAUAAUCCAGUGGGUAUAUUGAUGUCAGUGUCUGUAUUCCAUGUAUAAGAAAUGAUACUUCUCUAUACAACAGGGCAUACUGAGAUGUUGACAUCCAUAUAAACUGUGAAACAAAUGCUACUAGAAAAAGUUUAUGGCUAUAGUUUAAACAUCUUUCUUUUUUUAUUGUUAUCAAAAUUUCUAGGAUUAUAAGCCUUGAUGAUCAUGUGAAGUCCUUGCUGUGAUACUAAUAUUGUCUCAUUGGCCAAGAGUGAUCGGAAUAAAACUUGCUCUAUUUUUGUAAUGAACAGUGUAGGCACCAGGUAGUUGUCUCCCUUGCCACCAUCAUCAACUGAAACCAUGGUAUCCUCAUGCUAACCUUAACCACCUGAUGAUGUGCUCUCGCAGCGACGUGAACGGCUGUUCAACUCCAUUUCACCUCACCUCGCAACAUUCAGCAACGGGUUCCUGCUUGUAUGACAAAACAAAUUCCCAGAGUCAGUGCUGUUGUGAUCACAAACUUUAAUGUACUGCUUAAUUGUAAGGAUGAGUGGUUCUGUGGACAGGGUUCCAGCUUUUUCUGGCAUAUCUCUGGGUUUGAGUCUGUGGUGACUCUGUUGAUCAUUGGCUGACAGUGGUGUAUAAUCUGACUGGUUUGUGUCCAUCAUUAAAUAUUAUUGAACAAACUUGGAACACCUAUGUCAGUGGGAAACUACCUCUAAACUGAUACCCUCACAGGGUGGCUUAGUGGUUAAAGUGUUUACUUGGGUUCAGUUCCUGGAUGAUGUUCACUGUUCGGUCAAUGUGUGCAGCAACUUAAACCCUCGUCAAAACGAACAUCUUAUACUGUUGAUAUGUAAGACAGGACCUAUGAGGACGGAGGUGGUUUAGGUUAGAGAAAACAAUAGCAUAAUUACUUUAAUAUUCUUGUAUAUUGUACAUAGCAUAACCAACAGUCGUCUCCCCUUUGUACACCACAGUCACCACUAGGACAGCCACCAAUAGGCAGAGUACUGGUUAUAAUACGUGUAUCAGGACUUGCUGUGCCAUUUCAGCCAAUGGGGAGUGACCUUUGGUAUUCUGAUGUUGGAGCAUGGGAUAUUUGUGAAAGAAAUAUUUUGUUCCAGACUUAUACUCAUUAAUUUAUGAAGUGUUCAUUGAACUAAGAACCCCUUAAAAUAUUAAAAAGUAGGGCCCAUACUGUGUCACCCACUGUCUAAAGGUAAAUACAGCCAUUUCUUUUUAGGUUUGUCAAGUUACAUGUUGAAAUGGAAUGGUUUCAGUGUCUGAGAACAUUUGAAAGUUUCAAGUGGUAAUGCAUUCAAAAUGCAGUUGUUGAUGAUGGAUGUAGAUAAAUACAUAUAUAUACCUAUUAUAUAUCUAUCUGUCUAUAUAUAAUGGUGUGAAUGAAAUGUGAUGAACAUGUGAAGGUAUUGGGUGAGUUUCUGUCUCUGGUAUUCAUGGUCUUGCCAUGAUAAUGCAAUACCUCAGUACCAUAUUCUAAUAAAUACCUGUACACUGAUGAUGCUGUGGAACUUACCAAGAACAUGGAAAGGUGUUCUCCCCUCGCCUCAAAGACAUGCUGUUGAGAUGUUGACUCUUCCGCUUACUUGCAGAUUGGUUCGGGAUAGUUCAGGUCAUAAUGAAAUUUUGGUUACCAAUUUUGCAGUUUGAAAAGUGUUAUUUGGUUGGGGUAAAAGUAAUUUUAAUGUUGAUAUGAUUCUGUUACAAUAUGCCCAGUUGGUGUGCUAUCAGUAGUCGAGGUCAGUUGACUGUCAUCACACCUGUUUUAGAGGUCACUUAAAUAACACACCUGGGUGGUGCAAGGAAACUGAUAUAUCACACCUGUGUGGUGCAAUCUGACUGAUAUAUCACACCUGUGUGGUGCAAUCUGACUGAUGUAUCACACCUGUGUGGUGCAAUCUGACUGAGGUAUCACACCUGUGUGGUGCAAUCUGACUGAGGUAUCACACCUGUGUGGUGCAAUCUGACUGAGGUAUCACACCUGUGUGGUGCAAUCUGACUGAGGUAUCACACCUGUGUGGUGCAAUCUGACUGAGGUAUCACACCUGUGUGGUGCAAUCUGACUGAUAUAUCACACCUGUGUGGUGCAAUCUGACUGAUAUAUCACACCUGUGUGGUGCAAUCUGACUGAGGUAUCACACCUGUGUGGUGCAAUCUGACUGAGGUAUCACACCUGUGUGGUGCAAUCAGAGGUAUCACACCUGUGUGGUGCAAUCUAACUGAGGUAUCACACCUGUGUGGUGCAAUCUGAGGUAUCACACCUGUGUGGUGCAAUCUAACAGGUAUCACACCUGUGUGGUGCAAUCUAACUGAGGUAUCACACCUGUGUGGUGCAAUCAGAGGUAUCACACCUGUGUGGUGCAAUCUAACUGAGGUAUGACACCUGUGUGGUGCAAUCUAACUGAGGUAUCACACCUGUGUGGUGCAAUCUAACAGGUAUCACACCUGUGUGGUGCAAUCUGACUGUGAUAUCACACCUGUGUUGUGCAAUCAGAGGUAUCACACCUGUGGGGUGCAAUCUGAAGUAUUACGCUUGUGUGGUGCACUCAGAGAUAUCACACCUGUGUUGUGCAAUCAGAGAUAUCACACCUGUGUGGUGAAAUCUGACUGAGGUAUCACCUGUGUUGUACAAAGUCACUAAGGUUGCAUACCUGUUCUUACCUGAGAUCACAGAGGCAUGACACCUGUGUUUUCUGAAGUCACUGUGGUAUGGUAUACUAGUAUACUCCUUGCAGCUCCCUUGACCAGUGGUCUAGUCACUGUGAUACUGUAUACUAGCAUACUCCUUGCAGCUCCCUUGACCCAGUGGUCUAGUCUGCCAGAACAGUCCAUGGAAGCUGAAACAGUAUUUACAAACAUGCAUUAUAUUCUUAUAAACAGAAAUGUGGAAAAUCAUUUGAAGUUAAACUAAUAAUGCUAAUAUUGCCAUGGCAACACUUUGUUGUUUACGAGCAGUGGACAAGCUGUAGGAUUGUAGGUCUCACAUGCAGAAAUUGAUCAAUCUUGUUUAGGAUUAUCAUUGUCUUAGUAUAGCCUCAAGUAUCUGCUAGUGGUCUCUACUGUCUCGACUGGUAGUGCCAACUGGGGUAGUGCUUGAAGAUUCUAGCAGAUUGUACUGUGACCAAUUUUCAAGUCACUAUAUCCUGUGAAUAAAAACUUGAAAAUUGGGGAGAUCUUUUUCAGAUUAAUGUUACUCAAGAAAUGUUAAAAAGAUUGAUUUUGGAAUAAUUAGGUUUCAAAUUAUGUGGGCUGUGUUAUGGUACUCUUGUGCACAUGAUGAGAUGGUUUGUAUACUUGGUGUAUUUUUUGACAAAUACGUGGUGAUUAUGGGUGAUUCUGAUCAUGGUAAGAUACUGAUGUAUUUUGUAUGGAGGCAGACAUCUCGAGUAUUAUGUUGUUGAUUUGUUAGUGCAAGGAUUUUUUGUAUUUUAGAAAGUGUAAUUUAUUAGACGUAGCUGUAGUUCUCCACAAUUAGUAUUACUUCAGUAUACAAGAAUAAUUUGGAACCGUUAAAAUGAAAAUGGAUUCUGUUUUUUCUCAAUAUUUUUGUAUUCUGGUUUUAAUUAUGCUUAUAGAAUUAAAACUAGGUGGACAUUAGCUUAAAAAUUGAUUGAGGUCUACAUGAAAUAUUGUUUGUUUUAUGCUUUUAUCAUUGAUUUAGGCUGAAUGAAAAGCAUAUGCUGGCAAGUGGUUCCCUGGCAUUAAAUUAGGAUGAAAAACAAACACAUUACACAAAUGUAGAAUUGGAUGAUGGAUGCAGGCUUGACAAAGGUUAUUAAUAUGCUGGUGAGGAUGUUGGGGGCAUCUCAUUCUUGUAAAAGUCAACUCCUGAGGACUAUCUUGUAGGCUCUGUGACAUGGUUGUCAUAGUGACCAUCCGAUUCUUUGUAUGGUCCAGCCAUGAUUGUUUGCAGGAAUAUUGCCAAGUGCAGUGUUAGACAUUCACUCACUCACUCUAGUCAGUGGCCUGUUGUAGCACUUACCAAAAUGCUUUCUUAAGUGGCUAUUAAGCUGUAGAGUGUUGUAGAAUUUGCCAAAAUGCUUUGUAUCCCAAAAGGUAAAAGUUAAUGAAUUGUAGGAUACCUUUUCUGACUAGAGUACAGAUACGACAUGCUGGUGAUGAGCUGAUGGACUUGGUGCAUACCUGCUGCUGCUGCAGCUCCAUCACCUGGUGCUGCCAACAAUGUAACUUAUAACUUGACUGAAAGACAGUAUUAAACAUAAAUAUGGGGAAUUAUACUGUUUAAACAAGUUAAGGAACACAUCUCUCAUAUUGCAACCGUUAAUAUGACAUGCUGAUUGACUGUAGUGAUAGAGAAGUUGUCUUUGACUCUAUUUUAGUAGUAAUAUUAAUUUGUAAAACUCCCACUUGGUAGAUUCGGAUGUUUACUGUUUUUCGUGGAAAACACUGAAGUGAUGAAUUGCAUGGUCAUUUGGUUGGCGUAACUCUCUUUUCUUGUCACAACUUAAUUUUGGAUAUCAAACUGUGUGAUGUGAUACUGGCUUGAUUGAAAUAGAUUUUGAAAUCCCAUUUUAAUAAUUAAAGUGAUUAAGCUGUUUUUCAUUUGACUGGCAGUGGGAUGUUUUUUUAUUACAAAUAGACUCUGUGGUGUUUAGUCAUCUGUCUCUUUUUUCAAAAUGAAGAAUCAAAGUUUCAUACCGUUUUAACACAUGUCAAUGCACUAACCUUCUAUUUUGACAUAUAUUUUAGAUACAAAACAUCAUCCAUUUUAACUUUGAAUUUCAUUUGUAAACUCGCCAUAUUUAGAAUCAUCUUUUUAUGUGUUGUCUUUUAGUUAGAUAACGGAUUGUCUUUGUUCAAGGGGAAUAACUCUUGUUUUUCACCUAAGGGAAACACUUGACUUCAGUGAAUGACUUUUAAGAAUGCAAAAUGUUCGGUGACCUGAAAAUAUGUUAUUGCUAAGUGUUCCAUCUGUUUUUAUCAUGCAUUUUGUGUAACACGUGUAUGGAUUACUCGGUAGCUCUCGUACUGGGUGUCGCCCUAUGAUAGCUGCCAACACCCGGAACUACUCGGUAGCUCUCGUACUGGGUGUCGCCCUAUGUUAGCUGCCAACACCCGGAACUCCCCAGCACCAUGUAACAUUUCUGUGCCCUGUUUGAUUGUGUCACUAAUACAAGUCUACAAGGUAUGUAUAUUUAAUGUUUGAUUUGUUUUAACAUUUCUGUAUCGAUGGGUGUACAAUUCAGACCAACGUGUAUCUUGUCAGUCCUUCUGACAAAUGUUGCAAUGCUCAAGACGAUGACUGGACUACUAUAGCACUGACUUGGUAUGUAGGCUCUUCAGCCACAAGAGCUGGGAACCGUGUUUCCACAGCCAGAUGAAGUCACUGCAAUGUACUGUUUUCAAAGCUUACCAGUAAAUGCUCAAUAAAACAUAGGAAGUGA